AUGGCCUCCAAGCGGUCUCCAAUCACCCCCAAACCGUCACUUCUGCCAACUCCAAGGCGCCCCUCAUUUACCACUCCCGGUCCUUUAUCUCCAACCGUUGCCACCAAUGGUCCAUCCGGAUUCCGUGCAUUGCGGUCUCUUCUGCCAUUUGGACCCACCAAACAACCAAGUUCGGUCUCACCGUCAUCUCCGAAUUCAACUCCCAACACAAAUGGGACUUCCCGUUUCGCUUCUUUUUCUGUCGUCAGAAAGUCCAUGCAAAGGGAGCCGAGUUUCUCAGCGUCGCACUCAGCAACCGAUCUACCAGUAAUGGUAAUCGACCAGAGUGCUGGAGAGGAAAUACCCCUACGCAAAUCAGUUUCGUUACACGAAAAGCCGCUCCCCUCUCACCCACCGGACGUCAGAGAGAUACGCAGAGUUUCUCCUGAGCCCAACAGAGCAACAACCAGGGACGAACCUCCGGUCGUUUCCCAAACCUACCGGACACCAUCUCCCAAUCCUGAGCUAUCCACCAUAAUUGAAGCUGACACAUCUGGAAUAUCUAAACACUUACCUUCCGCUUCCCCAUCUCCUUCCCCCUCACCUCCUUCACUCCCACAACACUCGAUAUCGACUGACGACACAUCUGCAUUAGACUUGUCAACUUCUCAGCUCGAAGCGCAAGUCAAGGAUGCGAUUCUAGCUCAGGCAACGCAGUCUGCUGCUGCUCAAAAGUGGUUCAAUAUUUCCCAUGAAUCGAGCCCAGAAGCCGCAGACGCGAGUUUUAAUCUUGGGGCCCUCGAUCCCGAGUUGGCUGCUCUCCUCAGCCCUAACCGAAUAGUCAGCUCGAGAAUAAAACCGUCUAUGGAUCUUAGCGAUUCGCCUCCCCCUGGUCUGAUGCCCCAACACCAAUCCUCCAGACCACGGUUACGCCCUAUCCAGCGUCCAACCCCCCCACCUUCCGAUAGACGUUCACCAUCAGUGUCGCCGUCAACAACUCAUUCCACCGCCGUCCGAAAGCCGCCACCCUCGCCUCUUUCCCUCUCCCACCCUCCUUCGCCCGUUGGCCCUGCCCCACCCUCACCAUUGACCGAUCCUUCGCCACAUAAUUCAUCGACCCCCGCUGUUCGUCGAACUCAGCAUGGCUUGACAACCUCGACUCCCCAGACCUCACUCAGACGACCAUUGCUUGGAAGGAUGCCGCAGCAAGACAGUUGGGAGGGAUCUUCAACCUCUCGUACUCUCACAACGCGUCCCAGUCUUGACUCUUAUCGUCCCUCCACUUCAACUACCUCUCUUUCCCGAGGUUCAUUGGAUAUUCCGCGACAGAGACCUUCUCUCGACACAAUGCGUCGUGGUGGGGACUCUGAAACUUCCCAUGCUUGGAAUGCCAGAUUCCAAAGACAGAGGAAACGCAGUAUGAGUGUUGAUGAACAGACCUCACCUUCUACUAGUACAAGUCGCAAUGCUUCCCCACAACGACAAUUGUCGCGUCCUGGUAGCAGCCUUGCCAACCGUGCUGAAUGGCUAGGACCACGAACUGCUAAAGCUUUCCGGGCAGCUGGGUUGCUUGGCCCACCAGGCGACAAUGAAUCUGGCGAAGCUCAAUCGCCUUCUGAAGCUAGUCGAAGUGGUCGAUUUCGAUUUGGGUCUGUUCGUGCACCAUCUCGUUCUGAGCGUAUGACCUCUCCUGCAUUUGGGAGUACACGGAGGCGGGGAAGUGGGAGUGGGAGUUACUUUGGAAGCGCUGGCAGUCAGCUUGGAGAGAGCCCAACACUUACUUUGUCCAGUCGAGAUACCCCUCGUUCCGCAUCAACAGCACCCACAUCAGUCUCUGGUGCAUCGUGGGAACGUGAUCGGGACGAAAUCCGGGAACUUAAGGACAAGCAUGCCAUAGAGACUGGUGCCUUGCUCAGUGCUUUGUCGGAUUCGCAACGGACAACAAAAGUAUUGCGGGAGGAGAAUAACGAACUGCGUCAACGGCUGGCCAAACUGGAAACCGAUACUGAGCGUAUUACUCAGAUGGAGCGCGAGAAUGUGGCCCUGCGGGAAUUCGUCUCUGAGUUGAGGGAAGAAGCGGGCCAACUAAAGCUUCAACUGCGACUUGCUGCCCCCGUGUCAGUUCCUGUUGCGUCUACCUCCAAAUAUGUCCCAACGCAACCAUUCAGGUUGGCGGAGGACGAUUCGUUCCAGUCUUCCGCUGCCACUCGAAAUACCACUACAACCAGCAACAGUAAAGCAAAACGACGUCUGAGCUCGUCAUCGUCCAACUUUGCUGCGCCACCAUCCAACAUGUCUCUGUUGCUCAACGAAGAUGGGGGCAACUCUAGUGAUUUUGAUGAACGCUCAGGGACUUUAGCUAUGGCAUCGCCUACGAUGGUGUUCGGUCGGGUCAUGACAGUUGAUUCUUCUCCUACUCCUGGUCAUCGAGCCAACAGAUCGGUGACAAGCAUGGCUACAACUGAGCAGAACACCUCCAUCGGAAGUCCACGUAGUUUGUUGCUACGGCCGUACGAUGAACAUCACUUGGAGGACCUAGAGCAUGAUAGCCUAGACCUUGAACAUGAAGACUGGGAAGAUUAG